AGUUCCUAUACACAUAACUCUGGACUUUUAUCUACUCAUUACUCAUACAUUUGAGUUUUUAACAAAAUAAAUCAGUAAAUAAAGCCUUUAGCAUUUUUCAUGUAGAAUUCCCAUCAGUAUGGAUAUGACUUUAAGAAAACGUUUAGACCUGUUUGAAAACUAAAAAAUAUAUCUGGGCUGUAACUAAAUAAUUCAAAUCUGAAAUUGGAAAAUGUUGUCUUAUUAGUAGAGUUUAUAGGGAGGCUCAUGAUAUCAGUAUAUUAACAUGUUUAAAAACUUGAACAGAUAUGUGCAGGAAAUGCAAAUGCUUCAAUAAGGGGUAUUAGAGAUUGUUAAAUGAUAUCUUGAGCAUAAACUGUGGUUACAAGCAUUACAGCCACACUUCCUAUGAGCAGCAGUAUUGGCCUGUUAGUUGAUCAGUCCACCACUUUGGUCAUCUAAACGUUGAUAUCUCAAGAAUUAGAAUGUUUUUUAAUGAGUAGAAAAUCUUCACAUUGUUUGGAUACAUUUAGAUGAAAUAUUCAACAGAAAGUAAAAGUUCUACGCAAAAUAAUAUUGAAUAACUUUGGUUUCCCCGCAACUUGUCCUCUAAUACAUGUUUGGUUCUUAUUGGCAAAGAUGCUAGCUGAAAAAUGAGGGCAUGGAACCUUGUUUUGUCAUUUUAAAGGAGUAAGUUAAUGUAACUCUGACACGUAGUGUUUAAUAUGGGCACUGCAGUCGAAAUUCAAAACCUAGGAGAGAUCUGUCUUGUUGUUUCUUUCUGCGUUCUAACCUCUCUCCAAUAUAUAUCCUAGUUUUAGCACAUUUCUUGUCUUGGAGCUUAUUAGAAAUGAAGAGGCUUUUUAGGGUGGGUAGAACCAGUUAUAUCUGAACCAUUUUACUUGCCCACUUCCGUCCCUGCAACACAUGUCGGUUUGCCGUUUGCCUGGCAAACCGAAGGGAGUGCAAAACGGCAUUGUGGGGGUGCCUUACCGCCUACCUUCUCUGGUCAAAACAAAUACAGAGCAUUCCAGACCGGAAUUAAAACUUGAAAGGGGGGGGGGGGCUGCUGCAUUGUUGUCAGAGAAGCCAGCACUUCAACAUAGCAUGUUUCCUAAAUGUCUAAUGAUAUAGUAAGAUCAUUUUAUGAUUUAAUUCAGUAGAUAUCUUACAUCUGACCUAUUCAACUGGCGUCCCAGGGGCCAACUCCGGCCCGCGGAUGACAUCAGACAGGCCCGCGGAUCAGUUCUAUUUACAAUUAAAAAAAUAAAUAAAUUAUAAACAGGAGGAAAACUUGUGAAUGACUGUCAUUGUUGCCACAGUGUUAAUAACAGCAGAGCAUUCCCGUUUAAUAGAACAUCUUUGGUCCUCCGCUCACAGCCUAUCACAAGCUUGUGUUGUUGAUGGGGGUGGGGGGAACGGCUUUGGCACUGUACUGCUGUGGUGUACUUGCUUGUCUGGCCCCCGGGUCCUUAGCUUUCUGAAAGUUUGCCCCCCUGAACAAUGUAGUUGAAUAGCCCUGUCUUGCAUAUUUCUACUUUAAGCAUGUUGAUAUUAGCAUGUUGCUGAAACCAUUGCUGCUACAUCUUUGAAGAGCUUCUAGCAUGACUUGUUGUCCUUCAGAACAUAUCCACCUUUUGCAUGUGAUGUGUGUACCGUACAGCUCAUUGUGAUUCCCUCAGUCGGCUGCAGAUCUCCGAGCUGCUGAGAUGGAGGAAGCGUACAGUGAGCUGUACCAGCAGUUUCUUCGCUUGAGGUCACUCUGCCUGAGACAGGCCGCUCUGUUACAUCAACUCACAGCUUCUCAACAGAGUCCACAAGGCGUCCCUGUUCCUCAUAGAGAGAGUGAUAUGAUGUCCAUCCCUAUCCAGUGCAGCCAAGAAAUCCCUGUCUGUCUCCAUGAAAAGCCUCAACAGCAUGCGGUCACAGCACACAACUCUGCAGCUCAGUGUUACAUCAAUGAACACUCUAGAAAUGUGGAGAAUUUCCCCGAUCUUCUUGCUGGAGAUAUGUUCAAGCUCUGUUUGGAUUUGCCUCCUCAAAGAAAGGAAGAUGGUAACUUCGAACAAAAGGUCACACCCCUGUUAAGCGAGGACUCCGCAAGGUGGCAGGGAGCCUCUUCAUGUGUCUCAACAAAUCUGGGUCAAACAGAUGGUUUCGGUGGAGACAUGAUGAUGCACACUGCAACAAUGCCUGUGUCAGCAGGUCCUACCCUGGCUGGUGACUUCCUAUGUCCGUCUAGCGGGAUGCUGAUGUCCGACGUAGCGCUUCAGUCUCAUGUUUGCGAGUUCUGCCAGGCGGUUUUCCCCGGAGACACAACCACCAAAGGGGAGUUUCUGAAACAUCUUUACACCCAUGUCACCUAAACCGAUCUGAGCUUUUCCUCGACAUGAGUUUUGUGUUCUUAAAGAUAUUUUGUGAUGGAUCAGGUACUACUGCUAACCUGAUCUCUAAACAAAGCAAAGAUGACCAGUACUUCAUAAAGCUUCUGUUUGCCUUUGGUAGAACUGAGAAGAUGCUGGCGACAUUUUCAUAAUGACAGAUGUAAAAUGAAAGUUGGAAUUAGGCGUCAUACAGUAGCUACCUCACAAAAAAACAUGUUUUUACACUUACAGUUAUGGAACUAUAUGUAGCCAAAAUAUUUUAUUCUUAUAUAUUUUACUGUGAUUUAUGCCCAGUUUGGGUUAGCCAGAUCUAUGAUAUAAUUAGGGAUCACUGCAUCACACUUGACAGUCCAAACACCUGUUGCUCUGUCAGUUUUUGUAGGGCUCUUAUAUUUGUAGAUAGUAAUGUAAACCUAAAUCAAUCCAGACCUCGUAAAAACACACCGUUAUUUCCUUGAUUCUACUGUCAUUCAUGUUAUAUAUGUGUAGACCACCACAUAUUCCAUCUUUACUUAAUAUCUACUGACCAGGAUCCUCCCCAGAUGUAUAAAUGUAACCCCUAACCACAGCCGAAUACACAGCCUUGUCAAAUGUACUGCUGUCUGCUUUGGUGACAGAAAAAAAGGAGCUCUGCAACUUGAGAUUUUUUAAAGAACAUCUAGAUUAUGAUUUCUUCAGAUUUAAAUCCCUUAGAAAAACUCUGUCAAAAUCAUCACCAACACCAGCUGCUCACAGCGUGCAACGGAGAAGUUAGAGUUGAAAUUUGAAUGCUCAACCUAAUGAUCCUUGAAGAAUAUUUUAAUAUUUGAUUUCAGAAAAUAAAGUUUCGGUUUUCUAUGAA